UCGUCUCUGCUCCCUUUUUUUUUUAUCGUAUUUAUUUUGUAGGAACAUGUGAUGACAAAUGAACGGCCUUUUUAUGACAUUAUAGGCUGUAUGUGAUUUUUUAAAUAUAUAUUUUAACAGCAGAAACAUAUAUAAUUUACCUUAAGUGUACAAGAUGGCUACCAUGGAGAUGAACACUUCUGGCACUGAGGGAGAUCAGAAGGAUAAAAUGUUGUCCCCCUCUGAAGAGGACCACCCUCAUGUUUUAAAUGGCACAUCAGCCCCCCUGAAUUUCUCCCAGCUCACACCUUGUCAGUUUGGCAUCUCUGUCCAGAGUUUUACCCCAGCAGCAUCAUCAAACCACAAAGAUAAGUCUCGUCUUGCACAAAUAAAGGCAAGGCGGCGGUCCAGUAUUGGUGUCCGGGGCUCCCCAGAGACAAACUCCCUCAUCCGCUUCAUGGCACAACAGAAGAUGAAGACUCAACCAACCCACCAAACUCCAGAGCAUGUCAGAAGUAGCCCCUUCCUUCCACGGGUCGCCUCCACACUGAGGCAGAAGAUGGCCUCCUUCCAGAGCCUGAUGAAUGUGGAGGAGAGUGAGGUCUGUGAUCCGAUGCCAAGGCAGGACAGCAACACUGGAGGAUGCAUCAAGACAAGAGAUUAUCUAUGUGAUGGGAACAGCAAGGAGAACCACCCACCGAUGAUGACGCCCACACCCAGAAAGAGGAGGUGCCUGGGCCCCCGUGAAGGCUGCGAGGUGGAGAUUAGAGAGGCCAGCGCUCCUAUCCUCCACUUCAAUUUGAAGGAGCAGGAGGAGAACAAAGAGCCGGUGACGCAGGUUUUGACACAAGGACCACUGCCAUCCAGUGAGGCUGUGGGAGAGGCCCAAGCUGGGCCUGUUUCUCCACCCCUACGUGUUGACUUUGAGCACCAGGCCUGUUCCCCUACUGAGAGCCAACAGGAUGGUGACUUUGAACUCCAAAGCCCCAGCCGACCACCGCCUGAUGAUCCUGCAGUAGCUUCACUAGCUCUUCCUGCCUCCCCCUUCCACAUCCCCUCUCUCCCUUCUCUGCUGGAGAUGAAGCCCACAGGAGAGGAUGACUCCACUGGGAUGUCCACAGUUAAGAAGAUAAAGAGGGUGCGUUUUGGAGGUCCACUCUCUCCUGAGUUCUUUGAUAAGAACCUUCCGCCCAGCACCCCAUUGCAGAAGGGGGCCACACCGGCCCGAGCAGCCACACCAGGCGGGGGCCUACAGCUGCGCUCGGUGCUGAAGACACCACAGAGGAUUGAAUGCCAGACACCACAAGCUCAGCCGGACCUCAGCAGCCCCACCGUGUUUGGUGCCUCCCCUACACUUGCAAUGCCUCGCAACAGCAGAAUGCAGUCUGAGGGAGAGGACAGUGAGGAGAAGCAUGGAAAGAUUAUUUUCCCUUCAAUGGAGGAGAUUGACUCUGCAGUGACAAGUGAUACAGAAUGUACGUGGGACUCUCAGCCGCUGAAUCUUAACACUGCUUUCCAUGAAGAGUCUCUUUCUCAGAUAAUGACAGAGUCCGAGACUAAACCCAGCACAACCUCCAUGAUGGAUGUCCUGGAUGAGCCUGCAUCCUUACCAGAGAAGGAGAAGCAACCUGAGCCAGGAGUUGAAGCUCCAGCUCCGCUCAGAUCUAGCAACCGAAGGAAAAAGCAGCCAGAACCAGAGAGUGAAUCUACCAGUGAGGCUCCAGCUCGCUCCAGCAGUCGAAAGAGAAAGCAACCAGAGGAGAGCGAACCUGCGAAGAGGUCGACACGCUCUGCUGCCAAGUUGGCCUCUGGGAAGAUGAAGAUGACAUCCACAGCAGCACGUCGGUGGAACAGGGAUGUGGACCGCUCCCUGUACGGCUCUCGGGCAUACGCCUCUAAGAACCCCACCCUGAGUCCCAUCACCGAGAGGCUGUCCUUCAUCAGACAGUCUCCAGCAGCACAGCAGAGUCUGUCUACGAGCUGCACAGGACAUUCAGCCUCGAAUCCAGAGACCCACUUGAACCCUGAGAUGGCUAACGACAUUCAAGCGAUAAGUGAGCUCACUGUGACACACGCCUUGGAAAAACCUUUAGAAGAUUCUGUCACAUCUUCCAAAUACAGUAAAGAAAGCCAUGUAGGGAAAGUCAGAGGGCUGCCAGGGCAGAGGGUCAGAGGGAGAGGACUGAAGAAAAGGAAGGUCAGUGUUGCUGACUGUGACCUGCUCAGUGAGAGGCCUCAGGACCAAACCACUCAAAAGACAGAGGAGCACGGUGAAGACCAAAGCUCUAUAAACCUUGAGGCAUCAAGGGAAACCCCAGUGAACCACGCUGCACCUGAACAGGGGGGAGCUGACACUGAACUUAAUGCCAAGACCUCUGCACAUACACCGAGCACAGACUCAGAUGGGAAAUUAGAAUGUCACGCUGAUCUAAAUACCUGCCCACCCUCAGGUGAAGAACUAAACCACACUUUGAGCCUGCCAGCUCAGACACCGCAAAGAAAAGCAAAGCAGGGCCGAAGGAGCUGUGUAAACAGCUCUGACCGGCAGGAGCAGGGGGACCAGAUAGAGGAGCACCAAAUGAGCCAUGAAGUGGAGGAGAAUGGGCAGGGAGACCAAGCAGCAAGCAACAAGUCGAGCUCUGACAGCCAGGAAGAGGAGGAUGUAGCUAAUGUCGACCUGGCCCCCUGGCAGGCCGACUUUAAUUUUGAAGAUGUAUUCAAACCUGUCGCCACUAGAGGGCAGCGCUCUGUACGCCGCAGCCUGAGGAACCAGAGCAAUGUGGUCCACAGCGACAACAGUGCAGGUCUUGCCUGGGUGCCUCGGUCCUCCCCCGACUCCAGUAAAGAGGCCCGCAGGAGGACCCGGGGCCGACGGCUCAGUGCUGCUCUACCUGUGCAACCUUCAGUCCCUGAGGAGACACAAGACAAUGCUUCAUGAGACUUUAAAUUGAUCACAUGGGACACUGUCUCUGUGAAUGAGCCGAGAUUAAAGGGAGAUAACUGGUACACUCAUUACGCUGUCACACAUACCUAACCGGCCUGUUUUCUUCAAAUUAAAUGGGAGGAUUUUCCAAAGAACGGGCUGAUUGUUUUACAUGAUCUGAAGCCUUAAUGCUUUUGUUCUGUGUGAAUUAUUAGAGCUGACCAGUCAUUUGUAGCCAGAUUCCCACUGGUAACCAAGCCAGUCAAUAUACUGAGAGCCCAGUCAUGUCUGCUGACCACCUCUUGAUCGAUAUCCAACCUCUCAGCUGGUAAUCACAGUGCAUCUUCAGUCUCCCUCUCCAAAGUCACUGAAUCGAGCAUCUCCAAGUCAAUAUCUACUCUGUGGAUAGAUGAAGAUGGCUGUACGGCAUUCACCUCCUGUCAGGAAAGGCUGGGGGGAGGAUGUUUGGUUAAUGGAAUAGUAAUGGAGGGAGAGAAUGUGCCUUAUACACAGAUUCAAAUUAAUAGGCUCGAAUAAUUCUGUUUAUUUGUUGCUACUUGAGUGUUGGGUUUUUUUUUUCCUCCCGUGAUCCAAACUGCUGACAUAAAGGAAGUCAGACAUUAUAGUAUCUGAGCUUUUAAUGGUUUUAAUAUUCAGCUGAUAAUUAAUAGUGAUAACCAGUCCAAUUGAAAUGAUCUUAUGCAUCACAUCAAAUUAAAUAUGAGUUGGUGUUCUCAGUGAGUUUCCUGAAAUGUUAAAGUGUACCUUGUUAGACUGAUAAAAUGCUUUGUUGCAUGUGAAGACGGCCCGUUAUACCAAACUGUGUUCAUUUAAACAGAUGAUUAAGACUCAUUUGAAAGGAAUUCAUCCAGAUAAUAAAACAGCCGC